AUGAGAGUGGAGGAGAAGGUGAUGGUGGAGAAACAUAAUAUCAUACCUUGGGACUCACUCAAGGCUGUAUUUAUAGUCUUAAGCUCAAUCGUCUUCGGCGCGAAACAGGAUGGUCUUAGGCCCAACAACUUGCCUGAUGAUGGGCCUUUACCAAUUGCUUUCCUUCAGCCCCUCCUCCAGGCUCCAUCACAGCGAACGUCACUCAGCCACCUGGCCCACCUCUCCCUCCUCCUUAGAGUCUUCGACAGCCCUCAGGCCAUCCUCCUGAGAUUGCGAUCCACCUCGGCACCUCCCUCAUCCGGCCGUAUGACUGGUUCGACUAGAAGGCACAUGACUGGGAGCCAUCCAGCCAAUGGGCUAUUAUCCGGGCAAAAAGAUAAUCGCCAAGCAAAGAUGGCAUUGCCCAGGAAUGCAGCAAAAGGGAAACAACUCCAUUUUAGACGUAUGUGCAUUAGUUAUGCAUGGCAGCAAAGCAGGAUCCUCGAAGUCGUAGCUGCCAGGGAGUUACGGGCCGCUGAUUAUCCAUAUGAAGCCAUAUCCCUAAUUAGCUACGUCAGAAAAAGUUCUACAACUGCUAUUAUCGUCACAUGUUUGGCAUUUUCAAAGCCGAGAAAGCCACCAAAGUGGCAGAACCACAUGGUGAUCAAGCAAGAGUAUAUCCGCAAUAGAGAGAAGGCAAACCAAAAAACCAAAAACUACUUACGUUGA